AUGCGAUUUGUGCGGUCUCAUGACAACGCACCGCGCCCUCUGUCACUCAAUGGCACGCAGGAGGUCAACAUCCAUGCGUACCCUCACAGCGCUCCAGGGCUUGUAGCCCUUGAUGCCAAGUCCACCAGCCCCCGUAGGAGCGAUGCGGGGCACUCUUCGGCGGCUCUGUCGGACGCAAGUACCUCGUCGUUGAUUGCCCCAUACCCUUGCUCGUCUCACCAUGCCUCUCAUGGCUCCGGAAUUGCGCUGCCAAGUACAGCAGACGAUGCCUUGUUGCGAACGCAUCCCACCGGCUCUCCAUCGGCAGCGUUUGCAGCGUUGUCACGAUCGUCCCAUGCACAGCCACAGCGACCGUCAUCGGCAGUGGAUUUGCAGUUCCCACUCACGUCACCCUUCUUGCCAGAGCGUACGUCAAGUCGCGCAGAGCAUACACGGCCUCGUGCACGUCGACCUGCCGAUGAUACCGACGCUUCGCAUGUGACGUUGCAUGGGGCCGCGGCAGGCGCCCAUGCCGCUGGGGAUCAACGUACUCAGCUGGUCGUGCAAAAUCUACCGCCGCAUGUCCGUUGGCAAGAUAUCAAGGAUCUAUUUCGUCGUGCUGGCACUGUACUCCGUGCCGAUGUACAUGCGCCUGCGCCUCUUGUAUCGACGCACAAUGGCGAGCGGCGCUCGUCGUUGAGUGCUACAGGCACCGUCCUCUUUGCGACAGAAGAAGAUGCGUACCGCGCCAUCGAUACGCUACAUGGAUACACGUGGCAUGGCCGCGUCCUCGAUGUGCGUUUGGACGAGUCCAUCACAGUCAACGAAGCGGAGCGUGAUAGGACCUUUGGGUCGACAUCGUCGCAUUCCGUGCCGCCACGUCCCUCUUUCCCAUCAAAUGCGCCAUGGCCGACACAUCCCACCUCAUCAACAUCCAUGCCAUCGUCCACGGUGCUGCCUUACCCCGGCCGCGUGUUGUUUGUGGGCAAUUUGCCUUUCCACUGUCAAUGGCAAGACCUAAAAGAUUUGUUCCGUGCAGCAGGCAAUAUCCAACGAGCCGAUGUGGCGUUAAAUGCGGACGGACGUAGCCGUGGAUUCGGUACCGUGCUGUUUGCCUCGCCAGAAGAUGCACAGACCGCUGUACGUUUGUACCAUUGCUACGAGUACAGUGGCCGCAUUUUAAAAGUACACUUUGACAGACAUGCCUUGUACGGCCCUGUGAGUGCGGGGAUCCCUACGGACCCAUCGCAGUACACUGCCGCUUUUCAAGUGAAUAUGGGCCCUAUGGCACCCGCCCCUCCUCCUCCUUCCAUGCCGCCGACGCUGCCCCAUGGUAUGCUAGACAUGGAGGAUGGAUGGCCUGUCCCACGUCCGGAUGUGAUGCCACCAACAGCGGCCGCCGCCGCUGCAUCAUCUGUAGCGCCUGCCCCGCCGACACAUCACCCAGGCCGGAUCAAUAUUCCACCCAUGGGACCUAUGGGCGCUAUGACACCUACGUCUCUGCACAUGACACUCACCCCUGGUAUCCCUAACUACGUUAUUCAAUCAGUGCUGGAAACGCCACCUGUAUACCCUUAUAUGAUGAGCCCUGGCGUCGCGUUCAAUUCGGCGCCGAUGACGAUGGGUCUGUCGUCGUACAUGGGCAAUGGCAUCGCGCCGCCGGGCCCUACCAUGGACACAAUGCAUGCGCCCACGACCACGCUGCCACCGACACCGCAUUGGUCGCAGCCACCUCGGCCACGUGCGCAAGCUUCCUCGUUUGCCCACAUGGCAGGCACACACAUGGACACGCCGAUUGCCAAGCGAUCGCAUGACGUGCUGGCCCCUGUCGGGACACAACGUGAGCGAGACGAGAGUGGGUAUCCAUUCCCCGUCACAGAUGCUGAUCUGUCUACGGCUGCCUCCUCACCGACAGAGCCGCACAGCACGUUGCCUUCGCUUCCCUCGGCGGCGGAGACUCAGGCGCCCCCAGCGGAGUGGAAUGAGGACGUGUCGCCCACUAAUACGUCAGCACCUACAUCGAAAGAGUCUUCGUCCUUAUCCAUGUCCUCUAGUACACGUGAACUGACAGAGGCCAUCGCGAAGCUCAGUGUGCAUGGCACUGCACGCACAAAGCGCACGUCCAAUACGAAUGAACGCGUCGCGGCGGAGGCUGCCAUGGAUCGAUUCCGUCGGAACGUGGCGGAAAAAGAUCCUAGCGCCGCCGCGACGACUCGGUCGUCGGUAUCGUCGUCCACAUCGUCCACGUCUCUUCGAGGUGGGAGUGUGGAUUUGUCGGUCGCCCCUGUACGCCAAGAGUGA